CCCAACCUGGUCCCUCCUGUUGUGCCGUCACUCCAGCCGAAGCCCCCCUCUCACCCCAUGCUUGGGACAAAGCCAGCUCACUGCCAGCCCAAUGACUGCCUGGAUCGUCCUGCCUGUCAGCCUGUCUGCCUUCUCCAUCACAGGAAUAUGGAUUGUAUAUGCCAUGGCUGUGAUGAAUCACCAUGUUUGUCCUGUGGAGAACUGGUCUUACAAUGUGACGUGCACAGAGGAGCUGCCCCGACCAGGCUUCCCCAAGACAUGCUGCACCAUCCAGGACAUCCCACUCAUCAGUAAAUGUGGCUCCUUCCCUCCUGAGAGCUGCCUCUUCAGUCUGAUUGGCAACGUCGGAGCAUUCAUGGUGGUGAUGGUGUGUCUUCUGCGCUACGCCCAGGUGAUCGAGCAUAGCCACAGAUGUUGGGUCAACACCAGUGCAAUGGUGUCUGGCUGCACCAACGCUGUGGGUCUGGUCAUGGUGGGCAACUUCCAGGUUGAUCAUGCCAAAUCUCUACACUAUGUGGGAGCGGGUGUGGCAUUUCCAGCCGGGCUGCUGUUUGUGUGUCUGCAGUGUGUCCUCACCUACCGUGUAGCUGUCACUGCCCUCGACUACUGGAUGGCUCAUUUCCGGGUGGCGCUGGCACUGGGAGCCAUGGUCUCACUCGUCCUCAGCGGUAUCUUCUUCAUCCACGAGAGCUUCAUCCUGCAGCACGCUGCAGCCAUCUGCGAGUGGGUCUUCACAGUAGACAUCCUGGUCUUUUACGGAACCUUCACCUACGAGUUUGGCACCGUCACCAGCGAGACCCUGAUGGUGGGCCUGGAGCGGAGUCACCACGGCUCAGGCGUUAUCAUGGGCCCCAGGGCCCGGGGCUCAACACUAAGCGGGGCGACGAAGGGCCUCAAGUCCCCAGGUGGGAGCAGCACAUCCACACAUCUCAACUGUACCCCGGAGAGCAUCGCCAUGCUGUAGCUUUGUAUCACUGCCAGAGGAUGAAAAAAAUUUCCCUGCAGAGGUGCUUCAUGGGCUCACACAGACCGAUGAGAUGACGGGGGCAGCGUGUGGACCAAGAGAGUAAGGUCUGACAUCUUAAAGCAUCUAACCAACACCAGGUUGACCCAACUGUAAAACUAUACUGUUGUUUAUUUCCACCACCAUUGGUGCAAGCCCCCCUGCACUACCAUGUGCUGUAACAUUUUCUGUAGCGAUGUUUUAGGAGGGCUGAAUGUGUGGAGCCAGUGUGAAUGCUGGAACCAUGAAUGUUUCUAAGAUGGCUGUGGAUUUUGGCAGUUUUUAUUGGAAUAAGUUUUGUUUUUCUUUAAAUAACUGUUACUGGUGUCAUGGUGGAAAAUGUAAAUUACUGAAACCCACAAGGUUUUUUUUCUCCUCCCCACAGACACCCCUUCAAAGGCUUCUGCGUGGCCCACCUGUUCUGGCCUUUAGCUUAUCUCUGCACGGCACACUUUUUUGAAUGAGAGAAUAACAAUUUUGCGUUUGCGUAGUUAGUAGAAAACACUGAAUGUUUGAAAUCUGGGUAGUUAACAGUUAUGUAUGUUUUACAGGCUGCAAGCAUAUGGCCUUUUUAAAAUCAAUCAAGCAGAAAUUAUCUGUCAAAUGAUUUGGCAAAAAGUCAUUGAUUUCACCCGACAAUUUGAUUUGGUUGUACAGAUGAUUUGAUGGUAUUUUAAAAUCAUUCUACAUAAUAUAUGUAUGUGUAUCUUUAGACAUUGUCAUUCCUGAGGUCAAUCCAUUUCACUGACAUAUGCAAAAAACAACGACGGAGUAGGGCCACUUAAAGGGGAAAAAAUCGGAGACUUUGAGAAUGUAAACACAACAUUACGAGACUAAAGUCAUAAUUUAAUGAGGAAAAAAAGGUUUAUUUGGAGCCGGAGCUCCAAAAUCUUGGACCAAUCCCAUUGUUUCUUGAGAAAUUAUGAAGAUACUUAGAAUAUCACAUAGACGUGACCAACGAUCGACCCAUACAGUCAACCACUACCAAACAAUCCCUCCUCCACACAAAAGGCUACUUCCUCCAAGUCCGUGUGGCUCUUUAGACGUAUGUUGCACAUCCUUUUGUCCUGGUACUUGUCCUGGUACUUGUGAUAAUGUAAUAUUAUAACUUUAUUCUUUUAAAAUUAUGACUUUUUUCUUGUAAUAACAAACAUUAUUCACAGAAAUUCCAACCCUUUUUGUGGUAAUAUUAUGACUUGACGAAAUCUCAGAUCAUUUUUUUCCAUUUCAGUGGCAGUGAUACUCCGUUGCAGUUGUCAUGACUACGUCUGUAUGCGUCUCAAUCACUUUGAACUGAGAAUCUCUGAAGUUGUGUGUCUUGGUGUCUUUCCAUUAUUGUCCUACAGAUUGCAUGACCUGAUGACUGGUUUGUUACAUUAACUUCCUGCUACCUUGUAUUUCUCACACCGUCAUAUCCGGUGCAAUAAUCGCCAUCAGUCAUGUGAUAGUUACCACUCAGCUGGAGUGAAUAAUGCCUUUUUCAGUAUGUUGGAGUUAAACACAGGGCUCUUUUUGUUUAAAAAAAAAAGGUGUGACACCAAGACAUUUGAAGUGACCUGCAGCUUAAAGUCCAAUUCUAAUGUGACGAACAAUUUACAGAAUAACGUAGUUGUUGUCCACACACUGAUUUGAUUCCAGGCUGGCCCCUUGGAAGCCUUAUUGGACUUUUUUUUUUCUUUUAAAUAAGCAGUGAUGUGAAGCCUGCUCAGUAGUUACAGGUGAAAUUUGAACUGAGGGCUGAAUAAGACACUCGUGCCAUAAACCUCAUGGUGUCAUAAUGGCAACAGUACAGAGUCGAAACCACAUGAUGCCACACAGGCUGUGACUGAAGGGAAAGUUUCUUAUAUGUUGAGGUUUUUCUUUCUUUUUUGUUGCCAAUUCAUUUUCAAGUGAAAGAGUUGUGAACUAGCUUUAACACCAGACUGCCACAAACGACCACUGCUCAAACUAAAGCUGACGAAUGCCACCCAGUUCACGCUGCACUCCACCAUCGAAGUUUCUGUUUAAGUGAAUGAGUUAUUUCUCUUUGAGCUGUUUCUCUACACACACACACUCAGUGUUCUGCCCUCUGCAUCAUGUUUUUAAAGUGUUUAUCUACUUGAUGCCAGCAAUACACACAUUUCAAAGUUCACAUCACCUACCUCCUUUCAUUUUUCUGUUGGUGUGAUGAUGUUUAAAGGUGAAAGCUAGAGUCCCAACAGGUUCUCUGUCUCACCAUCAUCUGAGUUGGAGAGAAGUAUUUUCAAAUUACCACGACGGUGACUCGCUAAUCCACAAAGAUCUGCCUCGACAGGUGUUAGCAUUUGACAGCUCAGUGGAUUGGCUGUGGCUCAAGAUGCGUAAUCAUGUGUCAGGUCUGUUUUCUUUACUCUUCAUGCAAACCAAUUACCUUGCCGUUGUUUCUGGGAGCGAUCCUGUCUUGUUCUGUAAUCUUGCCAAAAAAAAGACUGGAAUCCUCUGGAGCUUUGAUCAGUUUUCUGUGCAGCAGCAGUAGGUGAAUGAAUUGGUGUGAGUACACUGGUUUAGCCUUAUCCCUCAUACUGUGCCAGGGGAUUGUGUUCAGAUUUUGUGUUGAUCUGUAGCCUAUUUUCACCAUACUGUAACCAAUAAGUCACGAGAUGUGACUACAAACGGCAGCUUGUGUGAGCCCUCACAUCAGGGUUGGAUUUAAUCUGUAACACCAUCGUUCAUAAACCCAAAUCUAAAGAUGUAUUUUACAAAAGUUUUUUUUUGUGCUCUUCAGUAAGCUUUCAUGUGAUAUGUUUGUUCAUGGGAGGAUCCUGUUUUGCUAAAGGCUGCCUGACCUGUACAUGUGUUGAACUCCAGCAGAACAAACACGGAAACUAUACAAAUGUAUUUGUCUUAUUUCCUCUAUUUGAAAAUAGAUAAUGGAGGAGUCGUAAUUCCCUGAAAACAAGUCAACACAGAAUCUUGUUUCCUUUUUAUAAAUUAUGUAAAUAUUUAAUGAUUUGUCUAUCAUUUAGGUAUUUUAAUUUGAAAGAGAUUUAUAUUCAAAUAUGAAAUAAAAAUGAUAAAUUAUUAGCA